GGCCCGGCGGCCUGGAGCAGCCGCGCACUCGCCGCCGCCCCCCGAUCCUCACAGCCGCCGCCGCCCGGCGCCGCGGGGACGAUGAAGGCGGAGGGGGGCGACCACUCGAUGAUCAACCUGUCGGUGCAGCAGGUCCUGAGCCUCUGGGCCCACGGCACGGUGCUGAGGAACCUCACGGAGAUGUGGUACUGGAUCUUCCUCUGGGCUCUCUUCUCCUCGCUGUUCGUCCAUGGUGCUGCGGGAGUGCUGAUGUUUGUGAUGCUGCAGAGGCACAGGCAGGGGAGGGUGAUCUCAGUCAUUGCCGUCAGCCUUGGAUUUCUGGCUUCUGUCACCGGCGCAAUGAUCACUAGUGCGGCGGUCGCGGGCAUCUACAGAGUGGCAGGGAAGAACAUGGCCCCCUUGGAGGCGCUGGUGUGGGGCGUCGGGCAGACUGUACUGACACUAAUCAUCUCCUUCUCAAGGAUCCUCGCCACGCUCUGAGGCUUCUGUGGGAAUGCCCGACCUCACGCACGGAAACAGACCGCCUGAAAAUGGCGUUGGUAACAAGUAGAAACAAAUGGCUGCGGACCGUGCGCCGCGCCGGUCCUCUCGUGCUGUGUGCAGAGCCUGCCCUCUGGUGUUGGAGCGAUCGCACCACCGCACUGCACCUGCCGUGCCUCCGUCCGGGCCGGGGCGCGAAGACCGACGGGAAGCCAGGAGGGAAAGCACCUUGUGUAGCUGCCAAUCAGGUUCACACUGGUCGUCUCUCUCCACAGCGCCGUGUUCAGCUACAGGGACGUUCUGAGGAAUUGCUACAUGUGCCAAACUCUCUUCUUUCUGUUACCAUGAUCAUGUGACAAUUUGCAAGUGUAGACGUAGAUGAGUGCUGUGAACAUAUCUGACAUGACUUCAGGUCAUGUAGUGAGAUCUCUGUUGUGAUGCCGAGUCCCGUGUGAGUGUGCUCAAUCCCAAAUCGUUCGUAUGAGAGAGAUUUUUUGGUUUUUAAUGUUGAGCGUUUCUGAGAUUUAGGGCUUUCAUAUGUUUAGGCAUUAUUGUUAUUUAAUUUAUGCAGGAAAUAACAGUCUUCUUCCUGGAAGACUAGCUAAACUGUUUUAAGGACUCAGAGUAGAUCUAUCGGGUGCACAGUUUUUCACUAAAUUAACACACCCUUUUAAGAAUUUCCCUCAUGCAUAAAUAUUCUAUUUAGAUGAACUCAAAAACUUUAUGGGUCACACACAUUGACUGUCGUUUGUGUGUUGGAAGAAUAUAACUUAAAAAUCUUCUUAUAAAUUUUGUUAAGAAAAAGUCUGACACACAUGUUGCGUUCUUUGACCCUUCUGAAGAAAGUUUUUGCCUUGUCUCUCACAGAGAACAUCUGUACAACUAGCUGUCUGGUGUCUCAGCGGGUUUAUAGUACUUGCUGCAAGCAUCUUGACUUUGUUACAAAAUGAAACCCGUCUUUUGUUCUGGAGUGCUAACCGUGUUUAAGGAGUGCCGUGCAUUGGGCUCUGGAGCUCAAAACCGACUUGUAAAUGAGUAACAGGUGAGCUUUACAGGAUGUGUAAUAAACUGUCUUACUUUGGAUGCGCGUCAACGUCAUAGUUCUAAGGGAAAGAUUGGGAAUAUAGUUAAGCCAUUUUAAAUCUCAGCUGUAUCAGUUCAGUCCCAAACGUGUAUUUGAGUCAUUCAUUUCAUGUGUUCAGUUCUCAGUUUGAGCUGUUGUGAUUUGAGUUUACCAGAAUCCAUGAUGACGUUAAUUACAAAGGGACAUGGCCUUUACACAGAACCUUUGAAGAGGUUUUCUAAGAUGGUAGGAGGUAGGGGGAUCCAAGAGCCUGGUGGAAUUGGUCCCCCAGUGGGGUUUCCUUGGGUACCAGUUUCAAUGAUAAAUGUGCUAACUCCAAGGAAGAACUGUUUGUAGAGGAUAUGAAGUUCAGGACACUCCAAAAGAUAAUCUGGCACCUGUGCCUUUCCUUAUGGAUAAAGUAAAACAGGUUUAAGUCCCCAUUUAAGUUUAAGACCUUUAUUACCCAAAGCCCCUUUUCUACACCAAAAAAGUGCAGAAUAUAUUAGCAAAUCAGCAAGGAGGUGUUAGAGAGGGCGUACUUUAGCCUGUGUGGGGAUUUACCGCCACCAGGGGCUGGAGAUUUGUUUAUUUGUUUUUUAAAAAAAACAGUUAAGCAAUUAUAUGUUCUUAAGGAUCUUUGGAGGAAAUCUUAAAAUGGUUUUUUUAAUUAAGUGCAAGGCUGGAAUUGUUCUCAGGUGUUCUUUAUAUUCCUGACGUUUUCUUAGAUUAAAUUUAGGCUUCCCUUUCCAAGGCAGUUUGAUUUCUCCUUUCCCUUGGGCUUUGGUGUGGGUUCGUCCUUCCCUUUGGCUGUUCUGUACAUAGUGUAAAGCACCUGCCUUCGACCAGAGACCUGUCCAGCACCAGGCACACCUUGCUUUAGACCGACAGGAUGAACUUAUGUUAGCAUAUGGUUAUUUCAUGGUUAAGAAAGCAAGGUAACGUGAUAGGGAGUGGAUGGUUCAUAAUCCAGAUUUGACAUUCAGCGUCUGAUUGCACCAAAGAGCUGUAAACUCCUGAUUUUACUCUAGAAUGAAGUGCAAAUGAAGAAUUAGUGAUUAGUUUGCAGAUUGCCCUGCACUUAUCUCAUUAUCAAGUUGAUUGAUGUAAUGGUGCGUGUGUGUGUGUGUGUGCACUAGUUUGGGGGACAUUUUUGGUUUCUUUGCUGUUUUCAGGUACUUCCAUUGGGUUUUUGGGCUACUGUCACUCUUUGGAUGGUUUGAAAUGCAGUUCAAUAGUGUGAAUUUUUGAAAUUGUCUUGAUAGCUAUUUUUAUGCUGAGAUUUUUUAAAAGUUAGUGGUUUUCCUCUAGAGACAAUAAACGUUUAAUGAUAUGUAUUACUAGCAUAUAUAUCAUUAUAUACAUCCACACGGAGCUGCUAUCUGUGGAUAAAGUCUGACUGGAAAGCUAUUAUUCACUGAACAGUUUGUGUUCUGGUAGAGAAUUUGAUAACAUUGUUCAGUUGAGUUAUCUUUUCAAUAAGUUUGAGGAUGUUUUAGAGUUUUGAAGCUUUUCUUGAUUUCUUGUUGCUGGAAACCCUCAUUUGGGACGUGGCACAAGCCCUUAUUGAUGUAUUUGGGAUAUGCUGCCUUAAAAUGCGAUUUGGCGGUAAAUGUUCUCUGUGACAAGUGCAAGAUGGGGAGAUCCUGUGCAGUUGACAGCCUGUUGUCUAAGAAGACUCUGGAUAAAACAUCGCUGAUAAUGAAAUCAGUUCCUCAGAGAAGGAACUCCUAUUGCCCAAGCCAAUUUCUACCUAACGCACUGGUGAGAGAUGUCCAUAGAUUAGAGUUAGUCAGGGAACCUUGCGUAAGCCACCAGUCCUGCUUAACACUUUUUAAAGAAGGGGGUGCAGGUGACCUGCCCCUUGGGACCAGGAUCAGGAACGCUUUAUGACAGUGUGUGCAGCGUGGUUGUGCUGAUGUUAGGUCCUGAUGUUUACCAGACAGUGUUACAGUUGUAUCCAGUAUUCAUUUUUAGUUAUCCGCUUCAUACAGCUCCACUGCCCCAACAAAGUGUGAGGGUUUGUCUGUACUUUCAAUGAGAGAAAUAAAGAAAUGAAUUGGCCUAUAUAUCCUGUAUUCGUGUUGUAAGAAAUGAGAUACUUUAAACUUGCAGGUAAUCUAAGCUUGUUGGAAAAGGACUUUAGAGAACCUCUGAUUGAGACAGCGGGCUGCCACGUUCAUAUGCCUGGGCUGACACUCAGGUGACAACAGUUCAAUUCAGCAAACAUCUUUGGGGGAUCUGCUCCAUGCAGUGUGCUGCUGUAUCAGGUUUGAGAUGGGAUUCCAGCCCUUGACUCCACCGAGAACUGACAAAACUCUUUUAAAUACUGAAAAAGUGGAGAUAGCAUUUGGCUUCCCAAUUCUAGUUGCAAGUUCAAAUCCAGUGUUUUUCCCCUACAUUUUAUUUUCUCAGCUCAUCUACUAAAUGGAAUUUUGGUAAUUGAGGUGUCAUUGGUAUGGCAUAGUGAAGGCCAGAAUCCAAGCCAGUGACCUGGGUUUUUUUAAUGCAGAUUCUGUCACCUGUUGUCCCUCUGAUACCAAGUAUGCCAUUUCGCCUCUGUGAGCUCUGGUUCGUGCUCUGUAGGUGUUUGAAUAUGUCAUGGAGUUGCCAUGAGGAGCAGUGUGUAUUUGACAGUAAAUGAGCCACAGAUAGUCACUAGAAUUGUAAAAAAUUACACUUGGCCAUCAGUGCCAGUUGAUUUGUUGUUUUGUAAAAUUCACCUAGCUUUCUUCCAUGUCUACAUUUUCUCUACAUAUAUUUUAGGAAGGAAACUGAAAUAAAAAAAUUCUCUCAUAAUCUUGCUUACUUCACCUCUUCACUUUUCAGAUAGCAGGGAGUCAGGGAUGGUGGAAAUGGCCAUGAUUCUGGUCACCGUGGUGGGUAUAGGAAAGGGGUAGAGGUGGCCAGCAGUUGCUCCUUACCCUGCUCAGCUGCAGCUGGACUCACCCAGCCAGCAGCCACUGACUUGCUGCUGUAUGCGAGUUGUCCCUGUGAAGGGGUGUAAGAAUGAGUGAGAUCCAGCCCUUCUCUCCUCCAGUUUCCAACAUUCUGUGGCCAGCCCAAGGCAUUCGCUCAGUAGUUCAGUGUCAAGUGUGUAGGGAAGUCGAACUGGGCUUUGUCAUCUACCAAGACCCUCCUUUCAUGGAGCCAAGAUGCUUCAAGCCUUUGUUGCUAUUGUUUUGUUUGUUGGUUUGGCUUAAAAGGAAAGACCAUUAUUUUAAAUUCAUAACCAUUGUAUAAUUCAAGAAGGAUCAAGAUGCUAAGAUUAUUUUCUAAAAUGUUCUCAAACUACUUCUGUCUCUUGCUGUUACAAAACUUUCUCACAAAAAGCCUCAUUUAGAACCUCUUUAAUCGAUAGUUGUCUGGUUUUUAAAACAUGAGGAACGUGGAAAGUUCCUGCAGAAAUUCUGGUGAACUUAGGUUGCACAUAUCUGGUAACCGUAGUUGGGUCACUGGAUCAAUUACUGUUUCUUUUAGUGACCAGGAGAGAGACUCUCAGUGGUUAAAGUGGACUAAUUAAUAAUCAAGUGAUCUUCUACUUUCCCUUGACUUCCUGUCCUUUUUACACCACUGUAGAGGAGACUCUCCAGGAUACAGGAACAUCAUCUGAGUAAAAAUUACAGCACUUUUCAACCAUCUGCUGCUGCCUUGUAGCAGAAGGAAGUUUAAAGACAGGAAGAAGUGUUGGAAGGGUAGUGCCCACAUCAGAGGCAUAGCUGAUGACGCACCCCCUGUUGAUGUGAACACAACCCACCCCAUUCUUUUGAGACUGUGGAUUGCGCAGUGUGCAUGUGUGCUGCCUGUUUACACAAUUUGCUCUCCUUAUAUGUGAGAACUUGCUAUGAUGCAUUUUGAAAUCAUACCGUGUGUGUGUGUGUGUAUGUGUGUGGUAGGUUUGCUCUUCUAACUGAAAGAUCUCUGUUGUGUGGAGGUAAUACAGCCUUGUGAAGGAGGCUGCUGAAUUAGUUACUUAAAUGUGUAUCUGUGAAUUUGUUCGGAGGAACUAAUGAAUACAUGAAGUGUUUUCCGUAAAGUGGAGAUGUGCCUGUUAGCACUUUAUUGAGUGAGUGGAAACCCUCAACUGUGGGAGUGAGCUGAGCUGUGAACUCUCAUCAUCUCCUCCCUUGAGUUUUGGGGACUAAUUUUCAUGCUUGUUACAUUCUUUGCCCUUACACUGACCUUGGGUGAUGACCGUUUCUUGGUUUGGAGAACCAAUUUGGCAGUGUCUUUAAAAUCAUCUUCCUCUUUCUACAUGGACGUUAUACGUUAUGGUUUAAACCUAUGUACAGUUUGUUGAUAGAAUCUGAAGUGCUUGGGAAAUGCAGAUAGAAUCUUAGUGAAAAACAAUUAUUGUGGCAAGUCAGGAAAGCGUGAGCCUCUGAUGUCUUUUUUUCUUAUUAUUGUAUGCCACACCUCCUUACAGUCUUGUCUAUGCCAAGAGUAAAAUGGCUGUCCCAUGUAGGGGAGCAUUUAGAUGUGUAAUUAAAACUGGAAAGCCAUACAACAAAUACAUAGAAAGGGGAACAAUAGUGCACAUCAUCUGAAUCCCACAAUGGAACACAUUUCUCCUGAACUCUUAACUCCAAAAAGCAUCACUUUUCUAGAGCCCCUCUUAAGUGAGUAUUAAUUGGAGAAUACUAUUGACAAUGAAGGGUUUACUGUGUUGUUUUUUUUUUUUUUUUUAAUUAAAGGAUUUGCACAUCACCAUUAACUAUCUUUGGGAUAGAACAUUUUAAAGUUUUCUCCAAAGAAAGCAAAGUAAGAGGUGCUUAUUAAAAAUGGCUUGCUGUCAAUACUGGAUGAGCUGAUAGUCUAAUUGUUGAUGCUUUCUUAGUAUUUGUGAUACUGGGUGUGUUUGCAAUUGAAGAAUUUUCAAAAUUCCCCCCGGUCCUCUUCCCAAUAUGCAUAAUGACUUGAACAAAUAUGAAAUUCCACAGUAUUUUUCAUUCUAGCCAUAUAGCUUGAUAAAAUUCAAGGAAUGCUCCUGUAGGCACAGGCCCCAACUCUACUCAUUGUGGGAUGAGGGGAUCAACUUGUUCUUGAAGUCAACUGGCAAAGAUGUCUUUAUGUCAAUGGCAAAAGUAUAGCUCACCUGUGUAAUAUUGUGGGCCUCACUUUCAAAUUGUGUCAACUCUCAGAUCACGGAUAGUCAUUUGGUAAAUCACAGUGUACUUCUUAAAAGCUAAAUGAUCUCUUAGUGCCUUGAAAGUUAAGAUACUUUUGCAAAAUGGAUUUAACACAAUUCAGGAUCGGCACAGAUGGGCUGGCUUUGUACAUGUCAACUUCAGAGUUGAGGAAGAUGUCAUUAACUGCAUCUUAGCUGUCAAGUUCUUACGUUUCAAUACAAAUCUGUUAUUGCGUCAUAAACGAUGGCAGAUAACAACUGCUUUCAUUAUAUUUUCAUGAUGUAUUUUUUCUUUUUACAAGUAAGAAAUGGGGAAAAAUAUAGUCAAGAAGUAAGUGUGGGAUUUUAAGCUUUAGUUUUGUUUUAACCUAGACAUUCUAGGGUGAA